AGCAGACCGGAGCUGAGGGUACGGUGGCUGAGGAGGCCGUCCCACGCCGCGGUCGGUAGCUCGGCGGAGCCCCCCGCACCCACCUCUCUCCUCCCUACUUCUUCUCCCUCCGUGCUGCCCGGGCAGCGCGGGCCGAAGCCAGGUGGAGCCAUGUCGCUUCUCCAGUCCGCCCUGGACUUCCUGGCGGGCCCCGGCACCCUGGGGGCCGCCAGCCGCGAUCAGAACGACUUCGUAGGGCAGACAGUGGAGAUGGGCGAGAUGAAGCUGCGCAUCAGGCGGAUCAUCGCGGAGGGUGGUUUUGCGUUUGUCUAUGAAGCUCAAGAUCUUGGAAGUGGCAAAGAUUACGCUUUAAAGCGGUUGUUAUCCAAUGAGGAAGAAAAGAACAAAGCUAUCAUUCAGGAAGUUUGUUUUAUGAAAAAACUUUCAGGUCACCCCAACAUUGUCCAGUUCUGCUCUGCUGCAUCUAUAGGGAAAGAAGAAUCAGACACAGGACAAGGAGAGUUCCUUCUGCUUACAGAAUUGUGUAAAGGACAACUGGUGGAAUUCUUAAAGAAAGUGGAACCCAAAGGGCCAAUCUCCUGUGACACAGUUCUGAAGAUCUUUUAUCAGACCUGCCGAGCAGUGCAGCAUAUGCAUAAACAGAAGCCACCUAUUAUCCAUAGAGAUUUAAAGGUGGAGAACUUGCUUAUUAGUAACCAAGGAACGAUUAAACUUUGUGACUUUGGUAGUGCUACAACAGUAGCUUAUUAUCCUGACUACAGCUGGUCUGCACAAAAGAGAGCACUGGUUGAAGAAGAGAUCACCAGGAAUACAACACCGAUGUACAGGACACCAGAGAUGAUAGAUUUAUAUUCUAAUUUUCCAAUCAGUGAAAAGCAGGACAUUUGGGCUUUGGGCUGUAUCCUGUACCUGCUAUGUUUUAGACAACAUCCCUUUGAAGAUGGAGCUAAACUUCGCAUAGUCAAUGGAAAAUAUGCCAUUCCACAGAAUGACACCCGCUACUCUGUAUUUCAUGAUCUCAUCCGCUCCACUUUGAAGGUGAACCCAGAGGAGAGAUUGUCAAUCACUGAACUUGUGAAUCAGCUGCAGGAGAUUGCAGCAGCUAGGAAUGUGAAUCCUAAAUCCCCCAUCACGGAGCUCUUGGAACAAAAUGGAGGCUAUGGAAACAAUGCUCAGCCUCGAAUAUCUGUGACCUCUGUUUCACAGAGCUCCAAGCCUGCAGGACAGCUCAACAAUAUGUACAAUGCAGGCUUGACCGUUGCGGAAUGUGACCAGACUUAUGGAGGGUUCUUCGAUAUUCUGAGGGGUGGAACAGAGCGAUUUUUCACUAAUAUUAAGGAUACAUCUUCUAAAGUUAUCCAGUCUGUGGCCAAUUAUGCGAAAGGAGACUUGGAUAUAUCAUACAUCACUUCAAGAAUUGCAGUGAUGUCCUUUCCAGCAGAAGGUGUAGAAUCUGCCAUCAAAAAUAACAUAGAAGAUGUACGGUUAUGUCUGGACUCCAAACAUCCUGGGCACUAUGCUGUGUAUAAUCUUUCUCCAAGGACAUACAGACCUUCACGAUUCCAUAAUAGAGUUUCUGAAUGUGGCUGGCCAGCAAGACGAGCGCCAAAUCUGCAGAAUCUUUACAGUAUAUGCAAGAACAUGCAUUUAUGGCUGAAACAGGACCAGAAAAAUGUUUGCAUUGUGCACUGCCUAGAUGGAAGAGCAGCAUCUGCUGUUGUAGUUUGUUCUUUUCUGUGUUUCUGUCGUCUCUUCACUACUGCUGAGGCUGCAGUUUAUAUGUUCAGUAUGAAACGCUGUCCUCCUGGCAUAUGGCCUUCUCAUAAAAGAUACAUUGAAUACAUGUGUGACAUGAUGGCUGAAGAGCCCAUUAUUCCUCACAGCAAGCCAAUCCUGGUCAGAUCCAUCAUUAUGACUCCAGUUCCUCUUUUCAGUAAGCAGCGCAAUGGCUGCAGGCCUUUUUGUGAAGUUUAUGUAGGGGAUGAGAGAGUAACCACUACCUCCCAGGAGUAUGACAAAAUGAAGGAGUUUAAAAUUGAAGACGGGAAAGCUGUAAUUCCAUUGGGUAUAACAGUACAAGGAGAUGUUCUCAUUGUUAUCUAUCAUGCGAGGUCAACACUGGGAGGACGACUACAAGCCAAGAUGGCUUCUAUGAAGAUGUUUCAGAUUCAGUUCCACACAGGUUUUGUGCCCCGAAAUGCCACCACAGUGAAAUUUGCAAAGUAUGAUCUGGAUGCCUGUGACAUUCAAGAAAAAUAUCCUGAUUUAUUUCAAGUCAAUCUGGAAGUGGAGGUGGAGCCCAAAGAUAGGCCUAGCUGUGAGCAGCUGCCAUGGGAUAACAUGAAUAUAAAGGGACUGAAUCCCAAGAUCCUUUUCUCCACUCGAGAGGAACAACAGGAAAUUUUAUCAAAAUUUGGGAAACCGGAGCUACCAAGGCAGCCAGGUUCAACUGCGCAGUAUGAAGCAGAAGCAUCCCAGCUGGAUCUGUCCUCAGAAAGUGCCCCAACUGAGACAGAAUCCCCACACAGCAGUGGUACUGAUGCAAAUAACUUCUUUCAUUCUCUGGAAUGGAAAGAAGGAAAAAGUCCAGAAAGUGGAGUAGAUGAUAACUCGUCUAAAAAUGAUCAUGUUCAACUGUCUGAUGAGAGAGAAGAGAGUGAUCCUUCAGAUGAGGAGUUCCCUACAUUUCCAGGUGAAGAAAGGGCAGUAACUGUUGAUGAAGGAGACUCUGUUGCCCCAGAAGGAGAGAUGCUUUUUGAAGCUGGUUUUGAAUCUCCACCUACACUGUUACAAAAAUCUCUCACUGAAGAGAAUGUAGAUUUAUUGGGACUGAAUUCUGAUACUUCAGCAGAACUGAAACAACCUAUCUCAGAAAUAAACUCAUCAAGUAAUGCAGCCUUGUUGAACAAUCUUUUUGUGAGUAGUGCAUCACAAGUUUCAGAAGAGCCCACUGGAGAUCUCCUUGGGCAGGGAACAGAUUUCUUUUUCAGCGGUCAGUCUCAGCAUCCACCUGCUACUCAGAAGACAUCAGCAGCAGCUGUGUCUUCAGCCGAUCCUUUUGACCCAUUUACAAUGUCAUCUAGUUCUGAGAAUUCAGCGCUGUCUGGCCCAGACCUUUUCGGGGACUUCCUUAAUCCAAGCACAACAUCUACAGCUAAUACGUUUCCUUCUGGUUCACUUCCACCUUCUUCCAGUUCAGAUUUCCUAAAUUUAGGAAAUUUGGCACCAGAGCCACCUAAAAUAUCAUCUUCUACAAGCCAUCCAGAUCUCUUAGGUGGAUGGGAUUCUUGGGCAGAUUCUUCAGCAGCCAGCAAUGUAUCAGCACCACAGUUGAAGUCUCUUUUUGAAGGUCAAGUUUUUACCACAGGGAGCCAGUCCAGUGUGUCUUCAGGUUCAUCCUUCAGUCAGGCUAAAUCUCAGAACUUUGAUCCUUUUGCUGAUCUUGCCAAUCUUGGAUCUAGUCUUCCAGGUUCCUCCACAGGUGGAUUCUCCUCUAGUGGGUUCGCUCAGAAAACUGUUCCAUCUCAGAAGUCAGGAGGUCAGUGGCAGAAACCCACAAAACCACAAAAUACUUCUUGGCAGUCCCAAACUAAAUCUAGUGCACAAGCUAAACCUAACUACACAGUGAACUUCAGUGUUAUUGGAGGACGAGAAGAAAGGGGAGUCAGAACCCCAAGCUUUGGUCAAAAGCCAAAAGUUUCAGCCAAUGACUUUGAGGAUCUAUUAUCUAAUCAAGGCUUUUCAGCAAAAUCUGAUAAAAAGGGGCCAAAAACAAUUGCUGAGAUGAGGAAACAAGAAAUGUCUAAAGAUAUGGACCCCUUGAAACUGAAGAUUCUUGAAUGGAUUGAAGGAAAGGAGAGAAAUAUCAGAGCAUUAAUAUCUACUCUUCAUACAGUGCUUUGGGAAGGGGAAAAUAAAUGGAAGCCAGUUAGCAUGGCAGAUCUGGUAACGCCUGAACAAGUGAAGAAAUACUACAGGAAAGCGGUGCUUGUAGUUCAUCCAGAUAAGGCGACAGGACAACCUUACGAGCAGUAUGCCAAAAUGAUCUUCAUGGAAUUGAGCGAUGCGUGGUCGGAAUUUGAAAACCAGGGGUCCAAGUCCCUCUUCUAAAGUUCAUCUUUUUCAAACUACUUCCAAAAACUGGAGCUGAGCAUUGAUGUGACUUGCUUGCCUAUGGUUUAUGAAGUGCUUUUCCAUGAUUUCAGCACAGUUUGCAGUGCACACUUAAAUGUGAUGAUGUAUUUUGUAAGACAUAAGUACAAAGCAUUACGUAGAUGCAUUAAGAAAACAACUGCUUAGUACUUGAAGAAAUCAUGGCCUGGGGAUAAACAUUUUGUUUCAGAUUUUAUAUAUAGCAAAACGGAUUUUUUCCAUGGUCUCUGGUACACGCGGAUCAAUUCUAAAUCAUUCCAAUUCUAUUGAUCUUUGCUUUACCUUACUCUACCACACUUUCAUUUAUUUUUUCAGUAGUUUUGUGAUUCAGUUUUGUUGUUUUGUGCCUGUCGCCUUAUUUGAAGUGCUUUAGUUAUCAACAGUGAAUUUCUUUGGCUUGUUUCAAAUCUGAAGGUGUAUAUUUUCAUCUGUAUUGUAUGUAAUCAAUCUGAUAAUCAUUCUGUAAAUAUUUUCUGACAAUACCUUCUUCUUUACAAUAAAUUAAUAGGUUAGCCAAAAAGACCUCAAUUGUGAGGAAAGUCAACCAGGGUUGUUCUUGAUGUUUUUUUUUUUAUUAUUCUUAUUUUUUAAAUUAUUCUUUAUGAAUCUAGAAACAAAUCUUGGCUUUAAAGUCUGCAUGUUCUUGCUAUUUUGUUAUUUAUUAUGAACCUUUGGAAGGCAUUGCUCUUACCAGUGCUUAUUUUACUAGUUCUUUAAAUAUCGUUUUCUUCUGAUUUCAGUGGAGCAUGCCUUCCAUUGGACUUAAAAUGCUCUGAUAGUAAUGUUUUUUCAAGACUUGAUGUGGAAGCACAAAAUAUUUUGCUCUGCUUUGAUUUCUUAUGAGAAAGAUACAUUACUUGUUAUCACGUAGAGAGUAUUUCGAACUUUGCUGCAUGUCUGAAUUUCUGUGUUUCUGAGAUAUGCAUGACAUCAGUGUAUGUGCAAACAGGGAUAUAUUGGUGGUGUAUUUCUGCUCAUCCCCCUUCCAUGCACCAGCUAGUACAAGAUGAGCUAGUACAACUUGAGAACAGAACUUGCCAUGUUUUUUCAUCUGUAUUCAGAUAGCAGCUAUUCACUUGAUCUGGGGUAGAUGAAUACAAUUGACCAAUGACUGUUAUGCUCCAUAGCAUAACAAAAUGCAAUCCUCAAAUCAAGUUUGAAAAUGUCAAAAAUCAGUAUUGUUGUAUUAAAGCUUGGUAGCAGUCUCUUGAAACAGUGUAGUUUGGCAUUCAAAUGGUAAAAAAAAAAUUUUAAUCUUGACAUUUUGUCUGGUUUUCAUGCUUAACUGAGAGGGACGCUGUAACAACCAAAGGUAAAAUCAGCUGAGCAGCAUCUGAACAGGAAAAAAGAAUACACUAAUGCCACCUGGAGAGUGUCUUGGAUGCAGUUUUCCACUGCCAAGCCAGUGUACACAAUAUUUUUUUACGCAGUGCAGUGUACAAUUCAGUCUCUAAGCUCUGACACAUUUAACUACUUACCCAGCCUUUCAUCAACAGCGUAUGUGUAUUUGCGUAUCUAUUCAGCUGCUGUAAUUGUUUUUCAAGUUGGACACCUGCAAUGGAUCAGGAAGGUUAUAUGUUAUUCAGAGUAACAGUUGUAGUUCAGCUGCAGUUUUGAAGCAGCCAGAAAGCAAGAAAUCUGAUGAGAUUUAGGAUUUUUUUUUUUCCCCCUUGGGACACUUCAGCUUUCUACAAUAAUGAUCUGCAUCAUUAGAAAUCAAAGGCUUGUGGCAGGAUAAAUGUCAGAGGCCUGCAUGGUUCUUUACAGUUCUAAGAUAAACUAUCUGUAGUAAUAAGUUUAAAAACAGACAUGUAAUGACUGGAGUACUGUGGAGCUGAGAGAAAAUCUUUCUGAAGAGCUGCUUUCUCAUAAGAAAAAAAAAUGUGAAGUCUACUUUAAAUGUCCAUAUCACUUUCAACACAUACAAGAAACUAGACUGAGACAUUUUUGGGCUCUUCUUGAACUGUGUACAAUUAUUAAAAAACAAACAAAAAAACCUGAAGUUUUGGAGGAAAAUAUCUUCCUCUAUUUGCUUGGUAGUGUUUUUUGUAUGGUAGCCACAUUUCUCUGGUUUUCUUUGUCCACUCUUGUUUGGAAAAGCUUUCUUGAACAUCAGAGAAGAACCUUAGGAUUUCAAGUGAGCAGGGAAAAAUGUGUGAAUGUUUUAUAUGGAACUGAAGAUUUCUGCAAAUUGAUUUCCCCCUUUUAAAUAUCAUGGAAACUCAUGCAAUUUGGCUCUUGGAAUAAUCCACAGCCAUUUGUACAGGAACGCUUAAAUUACAGCUUACUCAUCUCUGGCCUUUGGUGAAGGAGCUGUCUGGUUUAUCUAUCCUGCUCCUUUCUGCUUCAUUUCUAGGGAGAGGAAUGUGGGAGAGGCUCAGAGUUCAGUAAACUUUUGAAGUUAAGAUUUUACUGAAAUGUGGCUCUUAUGCAUCCUUAUAUUCAACUCAGUUAAGUGACACAGUUAAAAAGUAAAUCAAAAUAUUUAAAUUGUCAAGACUUAAGUGAUGAAUGCAGUAAAAUGAAAUAGUGUUUUCAGUAUAAGAUAAAGGAGAAGGAAGACCAUAAAAGGAGCCUCGUAGUUGAAGCCUAAACUAAAUUUUCUGAAUUAUGUGAAUGUGGGAAGAAGGAACUUAAAUUGUAUGUAUGCUUACACUGGCUCCUGAUACUAGUCUUAAAUGAGAAGAUAAUUUGGAAGAAGGAUAUCUAGUUCUUUUUUUAAUUUGUCUUAAAGCAGUAAUAAAAAAUGGUUAGAUAAAAAAAAAAAAAAAAGCUCAGACUGGGAAUGAGGGUUUUUCCCUUCCUCAUGCUCCUUGUUUAUUGAGAGCUGUAUGGGGUGCAUCUUGAAAGCUAGGUUUUUUGUCUGCUGCUGCUGAUUACAAAGUUUGAGGUAAAUCCUGGUAUUGUGGGGUAUGCUGAAGUUAUAACCCUGUAUUGUGAAGCAUCUCCUGAAUUCUUCCAGCAGGUCCUGAUGCCUUCUGGCCCAUGUUUGUUGUUACUUCACGAUGACAGACUGUUGAUGCAGUUCAUUCUUUGCAGUCUUCAAUGCAGCAGAAAUUAAAGGAAGAAUAGAGAAGGAUGCCUGGGCUAUAACUAUACUGUAUCACAGAUGUUCUCUAAUUCUCUGACCUGUCCCUACUGAACGCUGGUAAGGACAGGUCUAGGACAGUAGGUCUGUUGCCUGCAGUUCCAAUCCUUUCAGAAGUGCUCCUGACUGGUUAUGGGCAGGUGGCAGUAACCAGGUGCUUGGGUUCUAUGAAGUAGGGUAGAUUUCCACUAGUUAUUUCCGAAUUAAGUUGCUUAUAUUACAUUGUUGUUAGGUCUGGAGAGUCUGAUAACUUCUCUUUUAGAACAGAAAUCUGCAAAGAAGAGAGUUGGCGUGAAGAGUGCAUGUGGUUAGGAUCUGCCAAAUGGAGAAGAGUAACAUUUUGUCCAUGUUGGUGUCUUUAACGUUGUGCAUGCCUGUCCUGUGCUUUCUAGUGCUGUCACAUUUCCUUGAACUUAACAGCAGGGAAGAGAAAUGAAAGCAAGCAGUUAAGCAUUUACAUUCCUAUUAAAAUCACAGAGUUGAGCUCAGCGUUGUGAGUGGAUAUGAAUUUCCAGGCAUCGAGUCUGGGAGGAGAAGUUCUGCUCGUUGUUAUCACUUCCUUCAGCACUGUUGUAGCCUCUCCAUUCUGUAUGUGUUGAUUAAGAACAUUUCCUUGAAACAGUGGCAAAGUCUUUGGCAUUGCGCCCAUGAAGGUAAUUAGUGUGCAUGGAAAAAUGCCUUGUUUUACCUCCGUUUUCAUGUUGAUUGUAGAAAGUCCUUCUAAAGCUGUUUGCCAAGCACAAAGGAACAGCUCCUUCCUGAAUGCGGGCCAUCUCAAAGCUGCAUGCAAGGGAUUAACAUUUUGCACGAACCAAAGCAGAGGUUGAGCGUAACUGCAAUCUCAGCUGCCCUUUGGGAUUGCUGGGCUGCACGGAGCACUCAGCUCCCACGGCCAGCCUGCAGUUUCUCAGCAGUGUCAAUACGCCUCAGUGGUUAUUGGCCAUCACUUCUCUUUGCUGCUCACAAGAAAUUUUCAGGGGAUACCUAACUGUGGAACUUUGUUGCUCCUUAGCUCUUUGUCUUAACAGUUGCAAUGAAUGCUUUGUAAAUAGAUUCAGAAUAGUUCUGUACAGUUGCCUGUGCUCUGAAUCUGGCAUUUUCUGUCAAGAACUUGCAGGUGGUUGACCUGCAGAAGCUGUUGAAGGAAUGUAUGAUUUCCCAUCACCUGAGUCUGUCUCUGGUGCAGAGCAGUUCCAGCUACCAGCAUGUGCUGACUGGGAGUAAGGACGGACUAAGCUGAGGUGUGGUUCUCAUCUUGGGGAAUCUCAGUGUUCGUUUGCUCUAUUCGGGUGAGCUCAUUAUUGGUAGCUGCAGCUUAGACUGCAUCAAACUUCAGACAUACACUCCAGAAAUUUUCAGUCAUUUUUAUGAAGGAUACAUUGUGACACAGAAGCUUUUAUUACCAAAAGAGGAUUGAGAGGCAUUGUGAGAACUCCUGAAACUCUUUAGUGGAAUGUACUGUAUUUUUGCAGUGUAGACUCCUAGAAGCAUUUGUCACCUCUCUGUGAGGACUUAGGUCCUUGCUGUAGUUACGUGUACUUGUGAUUGUACUUUCUAUACCUGUGAUUUUUCCGGCUUGGGUUGUGUGGAAGGACAGAACAGAUACUGAAGUCCUUUUUGUUUUGGCAUCUUUCAGGAAAUGCAAUGUACUUUUGCUACUAGUAAAAUGAAAAUCUAUAUACCUGUAUGUAUAUAAAGGCAAUAUAAUCAAAUUAAACAUUGUUGAAAAAUAGAUUUGAUGUUUGGCACAACGUUCUUGAACAGAAUAUUUUGCUUUGAAAUGUAUUAUGACUUAAUCAGUGAUCAAUUAAAACAAACAAAGUGA